AUGUUCAAGAUAACAGGAGCAAAAAGAACGGACAAAGGCUUUUUAGACAAGAUCCAGGGGAUUUCUAGGAACAGCAGCAUAGAUGAGGUUGUGGGCAGGCUCAGGAGACUCAGGAUCUUUUCUGCAAUAGCCGAGACUGAUGAUGGACUGUCUGUUACUGAAGAGAAGAGGAGCAUUAGGUUUACUGGAGACACAACUGGGAGGGUCCCGAAGGGAUACCUCAAGAUAAAGCUUCCGAAUCUCUUUAGAAGAGCAGAGAACCUCGAGGUUUCUGUGUCCACCUCGAGAGACAUGAGUCUUAGAUUUACAAAGCCUAUCCUUCGAAAGUCUCUAAGCUUCCUCAGCAUAUUUGGGGCCAGAGAUGUGAUGAAGUCUCCGCACGAAGAAUACCCGCAUACCCGUGUAAGUCUAGAGGUUGAAAUGGAAAAGCAGAAGAUAUGUGCAGGAAAAGAGAGGAUUGGAUAUCUAGACCAGGCAUUUCUGGAGAUUAAGAAGAAACUUGGGGCUAUUGACGUCAGGAGUAAGAUCGGCAUCUUCGAUUCACGGUCCUCAAGGCUAUUUUUGAAAACACAGGCCGAGAUAGUUCUAGGCAAGUCUUUUGCAAGGAGCCUAUUUACGGACAUGCACCUUUCCACAGGGCUGAUACUUGGAGAGCCGCAUAUUGCAGAGAGAUACUACCUUGGGGAAAACAUUAGAGGAUACAAAGGAAUGAGCAUAUCUCCAAGCAAUUGCGGCUUGAAGAUCGGAGGAAACUCCUUCCUCGAGGCAUCGCAUAGAAUGGGCGUGUGUAGGUGGGAAGCAAAAGGGUUUGUGUUUUGGUCGUUAGGGUAUGUAUCUGAAAAGAGGAGCAUAGUGAAUGGCCUCAGAUCGAUCACGAAGUCACGCUCAUACAAAGACGAUGAAUGCCUUGGAGCCUCUGUCGGGUUGGGGGCAAGUGUCCCUGUUAUGAGAUCGAAAGAUGGCCCUGUGGUGACUGUGAGCUUUGCGAUUCCCUUGACCAACAAUAGACAAGUUCAAAGGCUGCAGUUUGGAUUUGACAUGGAUUUCUAG